AUGAACGACGAAAAACUUAUUGAAUUAGUGCGGAAAUAUCCCGUAUUGUAUGAUCUAUCACAUGCAAAGUACAUGGACACAGAUUACAAGAAUACUAUUUGGAGUAAAAUAGCAGAAGAAAUGGAAACAACUGGGCCUUCGGCUAAAAGUAGGUGGGGAAAUAUAAGAGACAACUUCAGAAAAUCUGUGAAGAAAAAUAAAACUGUGAGUGGUCAAAAAGCGAAAAUAAUAAAGCAGUACAAAUAUGCACAGCAGUUGAGUUUUAUAACGAAAUUCUUUGAUGAGAGGGACACAAUGUCAAACAUUGAUGACAAAGUCGCAAAUGAAUAUAUUAAUGUUGAUGAUGACUAUAAUGAACCUAACGAAAAUGAAGAAUACUCUCGAAACUGUACCACAGAAGAAGUUGAUAAUCCUGUGAUUGUAGAGUCACAAAAUAGUUGUCCUUUGCCAAGUUUAAAACAAUCAGGUUCCUCUCAAUUUUCAAUACCACGAAAGAAAACAAAAUACUCGGUACCAGACACUCCUCCUUCAAAGACAGCCGCUGCUACUGUUAUGGAGUACUUGGUAAAAAAAAAAUGA